AAGCUCUGGUGCACCAUUUAAAACCAGUCCAUGGGCCUUGGGUUUGACAGCACUGUUAAUAGGUGCUCCGUUUUCCACUGCUUAUCCCUAGUAAAAUGCUUGUUAAGCAACCCGCCUGUAGAAAAAAACCUCAACACUUGAGUUUUACUUUCCUUACAAGCUGUUUAUUGUAGUUUUGAUCCAUCACUGAAUAUUUACAAGCUUCUAGCAUUUUCUAAUAAGGGGUUUGUUUAAAAUAAAAACAAUUUGGUAUGUCAUUACUAUGUUGAUUUUGGAAAUAAAAAACACUACACGGUACAUAAUAUAAAGGCAGUUUGAUACAUGAACAACUUUGGAUAAUCAAGUUAAUAGAGCACAGGUUUCCAGCCCAUGGGAGGUUACCUCAAAUGGGGUUGCGAAGUGAUUUAUGAAUGGAAUGAGAGAAGUAGUGAUUUUUAAAUUAGUUUUCUUUUUUAAUUGGUGUCUCAAUGUUUGAAUUACAAUUUCAAUUGUGACAUUAAUUAUGUCACCAAUUAUAUUAUACUGGAAAAUUUAGUUUUAAAAUUUUUUCCUCUCCAAGAGUUUACCCUGCUUUUUUCCUUUUUAUCGAUAUAUCGGGGUAUUGUUACUUUGCUCCUAUGUGAAUGUGUUUGUGACCUGAAAACGCUUGAGAACCUGUGCACUAGAGCUACUGAGCUUAGUAAUUCAGUGCUGUUAAAACUAAAUUUUUACAGGUCUUGGCUUAUAGCUACAAUUUGUGACAUUCUGUGUUGGCUGAAAUUUAAAAAAACAAGAAAAAUGUACUCAUAAAGUGUGAGCUCUGGAUUUCAUGGGAUGGGAAUAUUUCCUGAGAAGUCUUUUGUUUACAAAAAAAUUACCAGAAGAGAAACCCUCAACAAAUAGACAAAAGUGUCAUUCCGUGGCAGUUGAUGCAAGCACCAGUCAGGUCACGAGGACUGAAGUUUUGUUGUCUUGCUAGGCUAACAACUUACUUCCACUCAUCUAUUUACAUAUAGUAGGCAUGAUCCUGGAUGAAAUUCAAACAGCGAAAGCCUUUUUGCAUAUUUUGUUAUUUGAUCCCUCAUAAAUCAAGAACUGCAGGUUUUUAGUAUCAACAAGACAACUUGAAUAAAAUUUCACUUAUUCCAAGAAAAUUUAAAUGAAAUAGCAGUAGAAAAAAAACAACAGUUGUAUGUGCUGCAAACAGUGAUUGCAAUGACAUAUUGAUAUUUUUUUUGGUCAUAGCUUAAUUUUAUGUUGUACAACUUAUUAUAGGCCUUAUGUUCUAUGUCAAUGAUAAUUUUUUUUCUCCCAGAUAAAGAAAUCUUCAUGACAUGCCAUGUUUGGAAAUUUGUUUAAUGAAAAUGGGUCACAAACAACAGAGUUGUCAGUUGUGUCAACAAUACCUCCGCCUCCAGGACACAGAUCAGAAUAUGGACUCGCUGGCAUUGACAACCAGGGGGCAACAUGCUAUCUUAAUUCCUUGUUACAGACUCUAUUCUUGACACCAGAAUUCAGAGGUGUGUUUAAACAAUUUUUUAAAGUGAUCCCUUGUACGGAAUCAAUCUGUCCAUCCUCACUGAAUGUUUAUAUCUCUAAUAUUAGAGAUAGAACUUUUUGUCUUACCUAUUGGAAUUCAGCACUUGAAAAUAGCAUCUUUUCUUUAACUUUGUCUGAGCAUUGAUAUAUUUUAAGAUGUAUUUGUUAGAUCAGCUGUAUAAGUUUAUUGAAUAGUAUUGAAUCGUAUCCGAAAAUUUGAUCGAAAGAAAUUUCGUCGACGGUAAAUUGAUCGAUGUUAAUUUGAUAGAACGGAAAUUUGGUGGAAUCUCUACAUAAAAUUGGGGUAACAAUUCAACAUCUGAAACUUGUAAUUAUUUAAAAUUUAGACAUUUAUUUACACUGUGAUUUUAAUUAUUAUUUCUAUCAAUGAUUCUUUUUGGAUAAUGUAAGCAAAAAAAAUGUAACUCUCACAAUUUUAAAUACUUUUUUUAUUUGUAGAUAGACUAUUUAGUUUAUCAGAAGGUGAUCUAGGCAGCUUGCAAGACAGAGACAAACCAAAUGCAAAAGUAGGCUCAACAUAUUUUUGAAAAUGGCUUUUUCAUUUUUUAAAUUUUAGAGCUGGUAGGCUUGUAACUUUUUUAACAAAAUUGUUUUAAAAAUUAAGUUCAGUCCAUGAAAACUUAUUAUAUUGUAUACUCUUAAAGACAAAUUGAUAAUUUGUAAUAUUCUUGUCUUUUUAAAAAAUUUAAAUUUCAAUAAUACACCAAUCAAAUGAAACAUUCUGAAUGUCUUAGUAAAUAACUGACUUAUCAGCUUAUAAGAUAUUUUUGUAGCUAAUUAACAGUGUUGAGUGCAGCUGUUGUAAUUUAAUAUAUAGAAAUGCACAGUUUUGAAUGAAGAUGAUCACUGAAUUUAAUUGAGAUAUGAACAAGUCAAAUGACAGUUUUAUUUUAUUUUUUUCUAUUGAUCAGGUUCGAGUCAUACCAUUACAACUCCAGCGUCUAUUUGCUCAAUUGUUACUAAGUGACCAACAAAGUGUUAGUACAGCUGAUCUUACCAACAGCUUUGGUUGGACAAACCGUGAGGUUAAUAUUUACUUGUUAAUUAUUUUUGUUUUACAUGGCAAUUGCAUAACUUUUAAAAUAUACAAUUUGGAUAUGGGAAGAUCACACUGUGUAGGCAAGGAGAAAACUUUUUUUGAGUAUGCAAAUGGAAAAAUCUUAUUUUAUUUUAUUUUUUUGGUUGAUUGAACAUCUGAGUUUGAAAUUGUGAUAUAUGAUCAUAAUAAUUACUUUAUUGAUAUUUAUAAUACAUCACUCACACCAACAAAAUAUUGAAAAAAUGUUUUUAAAAAUUAAUACUUGUUAAUAUUGUUUAACCAGGAAUUUCAGCAACAUGAUGUCCAAGAGCUAAAUCGUAUUUUGUUUAGUGCCAUAGAAGAAUCACUGGUCGGUACUUCUGGACAAAACAUUAUAAAUGAACUAUACCAUGGAACAAUAGUCAAUCAAGUCAGUUCUUCAAAUACAUUUGUAAAAUAAUUAUGGCUUUUUGCUUGAUAUAACAUACUUUUUUUCUUAUGUAUUCUGUAAUCAAAAUUACAUUGUAAUAUGAAUAUUAUAUUCUAUAUUUAUUAAUAUGGCUGUCACAGUCAUAUCAUGUGUUUAUGCUAUAUGUCUGGUUUAUUAAUUUUAACAUUGAGCAAUGAUGUUUUUUUACGGACUUCCCCAUGUGUGGCACCACUUUUUCUCAGCCAUGAAAGCGCUAUGACACAUUUCCAGGGGUGCGAUAUAAUGGUGCGGAGAAUAUGAAUAUAGUUUUUGGUCAUGGAUGUCAGGCUGUAUUUGCUUAAAGAAUUUAGUGACUGAUCUGUUACACUAGUUCCUGGAAAUUCAACUGUUUCACAGAUAAAUAGUAUUAUUUGCUGGUUGGUUUGCUAUACAUUUUGUCUUGACAUAUUAGAUAUAAACUAUUCAUUUUACUUCAAACCAUAUCAUGAAGUUUUUUUAGCAGAUAAAAAGAAAAACGGAGUUUAGGCCCUGAUUCAAUAGUGUGUCUGUGCCUGUUGGAAGAAGGACAACAUUUCGCCACAAUGGCCAAUAGUGGUGUUAGGGAUAAUACCCAACCAAUUGGAUUAGCCAGUUUGCACUUUUUUUGUUUUGUUUUGUAUUUUUGGUUUUGUUUUGUUUUGUAUUUUUUGUUUUGUUUUGUAUUUUUUGUUUUGUUUUGUAUUUUUCGUUUUGUUUUGUAUUUUUGGUUUUGUUUUGUAUUUUUGGUUUUGUUUUUUUGUUUUGAAAAAGAAAAAUAAGGUUACUAGAAUACUCAUAUUAACCUGCUAUGUGAAUCGUUGACCAAAUGUAGCGCAUACAAACCGUAAAAAAAACUAUUGAAUCAUAUUUAGGAAACAGAAUAUGAUUCCAUCUCUUUGUUUUUCUAGAUAACAUGCUCCAAGUGUAAAAAGAUAAGUGAAAGGGAGGUAUGUAACAUUACAUUUUAUUUAUAUGUCUUUACCGGUACAUAUAUAUGUGUGUGUGUGUGUGUUUGAAACAUACUUGACCCAAUUUAAUUAUGGAAAACCAUGGUUUUACUUUCAUAUACAUUAUCAAACAGAAAUAAAACAGUAAUUUAACAAAUUUAUUUUAAAUAUAUUUUGUCAGAAUUUUGAACAAUAUUUUUGAGGAUGACCAUUUAAAAGAGCUCAUCACAUAUAGUUAACAUAAUUCUUUUUCACCCAACUGACUAAUUGCCCCCAAUCAAGUGUCAUUAUUGCCCAUCUAUAGGAAGACUUCUUAGACUUGACCCUUGCCGUAGCUGGGACACCAGGACUUGAGACAGCUCUUAAACAGUGUUACUGCCAUGUUGAGGUGAUGGAUGGACAAAACAAGUACCGCUGUGAGACAUGCAAGGAGUACACAGAUGCAAUAAAAGUAGGCAUUUUUAAAUGAAAUGAUGCUUCAAUAUAUCCAUAUUUGGAGAUGAGAUUUUAUGUAAAAAGUGACUUGCGAAAGAAAACUGAUGCGCACAUGGGAUGCUCAAAGAGAUUUCAGACUCAAUCCUACUUAGAAGUAAUUAAAAUAAAAUUAUAUUUUUUAACAGAAAAUUCAAAAUUGUUGCCAUUUAAUCACUCUGAAAGUUUUUACUUUUAAGACAGUGACAGUUGAUCUAUGCAGGUCUCUGUUGAAGAGGUCAGUCUUUAACAGACUUUCAGGUAUAUCCUACCUAUUUUUAAUCUCUCCCCCUUAGUCAUCCCGAGGGACUAUUGCUGUUAAACACACGUGUAAAAGGGAAGCGGGACAUCUAUGGGGGGUAAUUUUAACACUUUGCUGGUAAUUUGCAUGGUCAGGAUCUGACCUGAUUACUCUGUGUGCUUCCUAUGCAUCUGGCAGUGCCACAUACUCUAUGUGAACACCCCAGGUUGUGUAAAACGUAUAAUUCUUUUUAUAUGAUAGGAAGAUUCAGUGUGCAAGAAGUCAUUUUUUUCAUUUUGCUCACUCGUUUUAGGUCUCAGCUGUUAAAAUAUCUACUCUCUCAAAUAUCCCAAUUUUUUGUUUGGCUGUCACAAGAGAAAACCAUGUACCUGGCCUUGAGUCAUCCACCUCCAAUCCAGACUAUAUUUUGGAAUCUAAAGAUUCAUUAAAUGCUCUUAUGAUGUCGCUGCUGUUUCUGCCCAGUUGAGCGGUGUCAUCUGCAUGUGCCAGGUUUUGCAGUGGCUGACUGUAGGACUUACUGUUUGGUUUGAUAUUGAAGAGAACACCUGUUUUUUGUUUUGCAAUCCCUAAAUGAUUUGUGUCCCACUUCUGUGAUCCAGGGAGCCAAGUUGAGAAACCUGCCCCCUCUACUGACCUUAUCUCUUCUAAGAUUUAGUUUUGAUGUCGUCAAAAUGACACGAUAUAAAGUAAGUGUUGAAACCCUUUGUCAUGCCAUUUUGUAGUAUGUGUGGAUUUAUGUAUAUAUAUCUAUCAUGCAAUUUUAUUAACUACCCCACUCAGAAGACUUUUUUAAUUACAUUUUUUUAAAAGUUAAAGUUAUAUAUAGAAUUAACCUUGAUAUCAUUGUAAUAGAGGAUCAUCUAAUGUACAGUGUAAUGUGUUUUUACAGAAUAAAAAUAUUUAUCUAAAGCAUAUCUGCUUUAUCUCAGCUAAGUUAACUAUGAAGUCUAAAGAAAAAGAGAGGAAAAUUUCACCCCUAAUAAUUUAUAUCUUGUAAUGGUUAAUUGUAGAUAAUUUUUAUCUUUUAAUAUUUAAUUGUUAAUAGAAGAAAAAAGUAACAAUGAGCUAGUAAAUAAAAUAAUUUUGCAAAACAGGAGAAUGGAAGGUUUACAUUUCCCCUAGAGCUGGAUAUGGGGCCCUAUUCUGAAAAGGUAAUUCAGUCAUUUUAAAGAAAUUAAAUUAAACUUUAAAAAAGUUUUUCGCAUUUUAUCUGAUUUUAAAUUUGAACGCUAAAUGAUAAUUUAAACUCUGAAAAAAAAUGGUUCUCAAAACAGAAAUCUAUAAAGUCACAUUAAAUGGAAACAAUGUCUAAACAAUAUUUACUAAAAUAUUAGAAACAUGUCAACUUGAUAAGAUUUUGUUUUUCUUGUAGUGAGUUUUUUUAGUGCAGUUUCUCACAUGUUGCAAAUGUUUGUUGUUUCAAAAAGGAUUCAUUAAAGGAUGCAGACACAAGUUAUGAGCUGUUCUCUGUCGUUGUCCACAGGGGCAGUGCAUUCGGUGGACAUUACUUUGCUUACAUAAGGGACAUAGACAACAUCGGACACUGGGUCCAGCCUGUAAGUAAAGGUUAUUGCACUCAUAGUCACACUGAUAUUUAAUUGUUUUGAAAGGCAUAGUAUUUAAUAAGCAUAAAAUAUACUAUUGAAUUGUGUGUUAAACAAUAUCAUAAAAAUUAAAUUCUUUAAUGUUUUUAAAAAAUGUAACUGUCAGGAGAAGAACAUUGCUAAUGGCAGAGUUGACACAAACGCUACUGGCUUGGACGUGAUUGAGUGUCAGUCUCCUGUGGACCUGAUAGAGAACAUCCUGGGCAAAGUCUCCCAUAAUGCCAUGUCCAUUGAUAGGCUCUGUGCAGUGAGUAAUUUAAUCAUUUGGUGCUAAGACUAAAUUAAGAAUAUGACUUUAGAAUUUAAUUAAUUUUUAUUUCCUUAUGGACUUUUAAUAGUGAAUAAAGGGUUUAUGUAAAGGCUGAGGAAAUUCUUUGGUAUUUAUAAUAACAAGACAGAUGUGUCAUAAUUAAAGCUUAAUGUUUAAAAGAAAUAAAAGAAAUAAAGACCUUUUAUAUUUCUUUACUUUCCAGGAAAUCUCCAAAGAAACUGGAGUAUCAUGGAAUAAGCGGUUUAAGAAAGUUCAUGGUCCAAUUAAUAAGGUAAUUUAUUGAGUUUAUUUAUUAGAAAUGAAACAUUGUACAAUGGAUAUCACAGAAUCACUUAGCGCUUUCCUCUUUAGUAGUUAAUUAUUAAAAAAUAAUUUUAUUAAAAAUAAUUUAUUUAGAAUUUAAAAAAUAAUAAGUUAUUUUUAGAUCAGUGUGGGAAGCAUUUUCCCCCUAAAUUAAAAGAUUCUAAUAUAUCAAGUGCAAUAGAUUCCAUAAUGCUUUGAAGUACAUAAAUGCAAUUUUUAGACGCUUAUAAAAUAAAUUUUUUUAAAAAUGUAAAGUGUUACUCUGAGCCAAUAUGCUGCAAUAUCCAAUUAAAAGUUUUAUAAAGCUUCCAUUUUCAUGACAAAUGAACAAAGCAGCAUUUUAAGCAGCUCAUUUUUGUGAAUGCCUGUAUGAUCAAUGUUUUAUCAUUGUCACAGUUUCUAAAAUCUUGUGAUUCCUUCGAUUACAACCAAGACUCUAACUGGGUGAGUCUGCGAAAUUCAGGGUCUGGUCAAGGCGCUGCCCAGAAGAAAUCAUCAGAGGUCAAGGCCAGUGCUGGGAAUGUCAGCUCUGAUGACCCGUCAGAAACAAAUACAAACUCGUAAGCUCAUCCCUAUUCAUAAAGAAUGUUUUCAUUGCAUUGUGUUUCAUACAGUCGAUCCCUUUCAUUUAGUCUUAUAGGUUAAAAAAUAUUUUUAAAGUUUUAAAAAUUAUCAUUAAAUGGCUGUUUAUUUAGUAUCACAUAUUAAAAGUUUUAUUUAGAAAAAUGUGUAUUUUAUAUGUGAAAGGAGAAAUUUGGCUUGGGAUUAAAACAAUAAUUACCAAACAAAUUAAUUUAACAUUACAUUUUCUUGAUUUUCCAUUUCCAUAUCUAAUUAAAUUUCAGAAGUGGAGGGCAGAACUCAGAACCUUGUGACCGUUGGUUUUGUUUCAACGACUCCACAGUAUAUCCAGUCUAUGCAAAAGACAUUGAGAGGCAGUUCUCAGGGAAAGAAAGUGCCUACAUGUUGUUCUACAGGAGGAAGAGCUUGCACAGACCUAUAGAAGGUGGCUUAUACUUCACAAGUCCUUUUAGCUUCUGAUCCAAAACAGUACAAGAUUUACCAAUAAUUUUAAUGAAAAAAGAAGUUAAAAAAAAGUAUUAGCAUUAAAUCAUUUCUUAAAUAACUUUAAAAUAUUUAAAUAUUGAAUGGUAAGGGGGAAAAAAUAUCAUAUUCAUAUGUAAAAACUUGUACCCAUCACAUCUGAUUGCUAUAGUAUUCUAUGUGUGACAAAUUAAAUUUAUUUUAGUCAUAUAGAACAGUUUGGGGACAUAAAGAUAAGCUUUACUAUAUCUUUACAUUGCAACUAGUUUGCUAAGUAGGGAUAAAAUUUAUAUUUAUUUUUCAUAAAUUUAUGAACAAUAUUUUAACAAUAUUGUUCAUAAAUUUAUUGAUUUAUCCCAAUGCUUACAUUUUUUAACCAACUGAAACAGAGUCUAAGUUAUCAGAUUUUUGUGUCACUUACUUUCAGCUCAAGGGCUUGCCUCCUAUAACAUUCCAGCAUAUUUGAUUCAUGAAGUGGAUGAACUUAAUGUGGCCUUAGAGAAACAGAGGUAAACAAGACAAUGUACUGCAAUGUGUUUUAGGUUCAUACUUUAGUAUACAUAACAUCAAUUUGAUGAAUAUUUCUAAACAAGAUUGUGCUUGAUAUCAGUUUUGGUAGCAGUGCUUGAUAUCAUUUAGGCAGCAGUUUUAAAAAGCCCUGUAAAUUUUGUAUGUAUUUUCUUGUCAUACGUCGAUAAGUCCUUUGAGCGUUAAAAAAUCCUAACUGAUACAAAUCAUGAAAACUUAACCAAAAAAACAUAUCUAGACACUUGCUACUUUAAACCUUUAUCAAGAAUAUAUUAAAAACCAUUUUAUGAUCGUUUUUCUACACUAACCUUUUAUUUCAGACAAAAUUAUGAAAUAGAAAUCAACAGCAUCACUGUGAAAGUGUACAUGUCUGAAUCAUUCAUCUAUGAUGGCCUGCUGCAGUUAAAGCCAGACCUCUCAGCAGACUCUGCCUUCUUUACUGUAGAUCUAGACAAGAGAAUGGCAUACAGGCAGCUCAAGGCAAAAAUUCAAGAGGUGAAAUUAAAUACACACAGUCAAGAAACCCGAGCACUCUAUUAAUGAGAGAAAGAGUUCAAUGUUUGUGUGAUGAAUUAAAAAAAAAUUGACACUUUGAACAGUUUCUUCCAUGUUGUGCAUUCUGCUUUGGAAUAGAUCUCAUAAGAAUCUAUAGAGCAAUACUAAUCAAUUUCCAACUGUUUCUUUUGUUCAGGUUUUAUCCCAGUUUGAUAUUCAUACGUUUUCUGUUCAUCGAAUGAAGUCUAGAUGUGGAGGUUACCAUUUAUAUGAUGAAUUGAUAGGUGAGGGAUUUAUAGUGGAUUUAAACCAUGCACUUUUUUACAUUCUGGAAAUUUAAAACUGGCUACUAUAAUAUUGGAAUAGUUAUUUUAAAUUUUUAUUUUUAUAAUAGGACCAGUUAAAUAUUUUGUCUUUUUGAUUGUUCCUUGUUAUUAGAUGAAGAUUGUAGCAUACAAGACAUGGGAAUUAACUCUUUCACGUUAUUGUUUGUAUGGAAUGGCUAUAUUGUAAGUAUAUAUUGUCUUGAGAAUUAUUUUUAUUGCCUCCAGUUAAUUAGCUUUUUAAAAAAAAAGUUCAUGUACAAGCUUAUUUAUAGUUUGCAUUAAUAAAUCAUAUAUGUAUUUAUAUUGUUAUAUAUGUAAAGAUUUAUUCAAUUUUCCCUAUUAGAUGGAUGAUAAAUGUGUUGAUGUUGGUGAACAGUGCGAACCCCUCCAGUUUCUUGUGAAGACCAGUGAUGACAGGGUCAUGUGCUACCUUAUCCUUGCUAAAAAUAAAACGCUGACAGACUUGUAUGAAACUGUGGCCAGUACAACAGAGCUGGACGUGCAAUGUUUGCAGGUCUUGUGCCCCUUUCGAUUACAACACAAUAUUAAUUUGGAUCUUUUUUUUCAUGUGUUCUUUUCCAUGUUUCUUUCAAAGUAGAAAAUAAUAAAUACAAGAACAUAUGAAAAAGAAUACAUUUAAAAAAAAGAAAUUAAUUAAUUUUAUCGGAACUUAAAAUUUUUGUUUGUUCGAUUCCUUGGCCAGAUUUGCAUCAUAUUCAAUAAGCUGUUUGACUAUUUUCAAAAAUGGGAAUGAACUGGUCAUUAUUUGUGUGUGUUCAAUUUUCCCAGUGGCAAGAAAAUGAGACAAAGCCAGCUGAGGUGCUGCCAAACUCUCCAACAACUUGUCUAGGCUCAGCAGGACUAAAAGAUGGUGAUAUCCUAGUUCUUUCAUCACAGGCCAACUCAGACAGGUAGAUUGUGUGGCCAGAAAUUUAAGUCUUGAUAUUGUUGUGUGCUGCAGAGAGAAUAAAGCCCUGGAGUUCUUAAAUCACUGUAUAGAUAUAAUGUUUGCCUUUAUAUUUUAAAAGCCUGGACAUAAAAUUUACUUGGACCAGUGCUUCUCAUAUAUUUAUUGGGUCUUCUUAAAUUGUGAACUUUCUGUGGGCCAGUGACUGGCCACACGAACUGGUUCAGGUCUACAGACCAAAAUAUAUCGAGAAGCAAUUAUUUGAACUUUAUUUUUUUUUACAAAAUUACUGUGAAUUUACAUGGUAGAUAUUUUGAUGUAACUUUUCCUACCUAAGGAUGAAAACGGUUCAUACAUAAAGUAUAGAUUUGAAUAGAUUAAUGUUUUUAACUCCUUAUGCUAUAUAAACUUUCCACAAGUAGGUUAAAAUAUAAAGCUUCUACUAAGGGGGGAAACUUGCAUUGUACUACUUAAAGCUUUUUUCUACAUUGUAUUUUUUAAAACUAUAACAUAAGUUUCCUAUUGGGAUAAGAUUUUUUAGGCUGAUAAGCUUUUCCUGCUUUAAUUGAAUGCCUGACUUUCACCAUUAGCCCAAUCCAUCUUUGACAUUACAGUUCUAUAACUAAAGUUUUUUUAGAUUUUUUUUUUUUUUUUAAACCCAGUUAAAAUGUAACCUUUAGAAAAAAUGUGUGCCUCUAGUAAAAUUUUAUCUCAAUAACCAGCAAGUCAGAUGAAGCCUCAACAAGCUCACCACCUCAGGAUGGUAUCUCAGACCCUGAAUGGUCCAUCACAUUACAGAGUAGAUUAUUUCAGGUCAGUGGUACUUUGAAAGAAAAAAAAUGUCAUUAUGAUAGCUAAAGGUUGUGUAGCUUUUUAGUCUUUUAGUUUUUAGCUGAUAUUUAUAAGUAUGCAAGCAAUCAUUUUUUUGGUUACAUUAUCAAAUCUUUCUGAUAAGUGGAACAUCAGUCACAACUUUCCUAUUAAGAUGAGAAAAACUGUAAUUUUAGAUUAGAACUUUCCAAGCUUUGUGUCAUGACAAAGUAGUGUGUUGGCUGCAGUGUGUAGGUGUGCGAAUCAAACAGAACUGGAAACCUAUGUGUGUCAUAACACAGACGAGUGUGGGCUGCAGUGUAUAGGUGUGUGUCACAAAGAUAACAGGAAACCUAUGUGUGUCAUGACACAGUAGUGUGUUGGCUGCAGUGUGUAGGUGUGUGUCACAAACAUAACAGGAAACCUAUUUGUGUAUGGGGAAAAGCAAUACAUGUACCACCUUGCAUUCAAUUAAUGAUUGUCAUUAGAAUUGAAUUUUAAAAAAAAAUAUUGAUUAACAUCAGACAAUUUAUGGCUACAAGACUUACACCUUAAAAGUGUGUAGCUAACUGGAAAAUUUUGGAAAUCUCUGAUUUAGGUACCGUUAGUAUUUCAAUAUUGUGUGAUACAUUUUAAACAAAAAUUCUCUUUGUUCCUGACAGGAUGGUUGCAACGCAACAAAGUCAAUUACAUUUUUUUCCAAAGCCUCUUCUGUGAGUGUUUGUUAAAUAUUGGUUUAGGGAAGAUUAUUUUGAAAAAAGUUAUAUUUUUUAAAAACAAAAAUUAUUUAUAAUAAAAUUAAAAAAUAUUUACCAAUCUAACAGCAGUACCGCUUUAAUGGCAUAUCAAUAAUCAACUUAAUCUAAGGAAUGUUGUUUUUUUUCUCCCAUGAAAAGACUAAGGUCAGAUUUUAAAAAUUGUUGCCACACAAAUAAAUGCCUGGAUGAGCCUACCUGUAUCCAGGGUUACCGGAAAUUUGUUUGAAAUUGAAAGAAAUUUCGUUGGCGGAAAAUUGAUAGACGGAUAUUUGAUCGAAUGGAAAUUUGGUUGAAUCUUUUAUUCAAUUCACACGAUAAAAUUUUCAUCAAAUUUCUUUUUGAACGCACUAUAUUACAUAGUAAAACAAAAUAAUGCGUUAAAAAAGAAAUUUGACGCAAAAUUUUAAAAUGUGAACUGAAAAAAAUAUAUUGCCAAAUUUCCCUCGAUCAAUUUUCCAUCUACAAAAUUUCUUUGAAACAAAUUUCAGGAUACGUAUAUCCACAGUUUUGUUUGUGAUAUCAGACUUUUCCACAUUAUAUUCACAGACUGUUAUGGAUGUCAAACUCAGAGCCUUGCAUCUGCUGAAUGCAGACAACAUAUCACCCGAGUCAGUUCGAUUGAGAGAAGAACACAGAACUCUAGGACUUCAACCUCCAUGUGAGUUUGAUUGAGGGAAAGAAUCAUAAAAGGUUUUUAUGUUUUGAUUGGUUACGGCCCCUCUUACCGGGAACUGAACAUUGUACUCAUGUAAUUAAUUAUAUGGAACUUUGACAGUUCAAGGUAAACUUCUGGAUAUCAGACUUCUGUUGAAACUAAAUGGAGGGAGGUUGUUGAGCCAGGGUGUCCGGGAGAUCUGGGUGGAGAGGGUAGUGAAGAGUGGAUGAGAAGGAUGUUGAGGCGGGAGAGGAGAGGGGUUGGCUGUGGGGCAAGUCAGGUUGGCUGUGUGGAGCUGUCAUAAAUGAUGUCUUGACCUAUUCUGUAUGUCAUGAAAAACCACUAUUUUCUUAUGUUCAGUAAGAGAAGGACUGUGUAUGGCAGAUGCAGGACUUUCCAAUGGUGUGUGCCUAGUGAUUGAACAUGGGAGGAGCCCUGUAGAUUCAGAGGUAAGAAAAUAUCUCAGUGAGGUCAUUGCCCUUUCAAUGCUACUGUUAGACAAAUUACUGGAUGUUUAAAAAAUAUUUUUUUUAAAUGUAAAAAAAAAACCCCUGCAAAAUUUAACUUUUUGAUGGUAAUACAUUUAUUGUGUUGGUAGCUCUGAUUUGAACACAGUGUUCAUACCCAUUUCUUUGCCUAGAUGAUGAUCAGCAUCAACAAGGUGGAGAGUGGUAAAUUGGUGUGUAAGAAAGAGUUCAUAGUCGAGAGGCACCAGACAGCAUUAGACAUGACAAGAGCUGCUUGUCAGAUCUUUGAAUGUUCAGGUGAGUGGACACUUGGGUGUUUUCAUUACUCACUGAUAUCUAACUUUGCGCUAAUCAGUUUGACAAUAAAGGCAAUGCUGCUUGACUUAUGGAACAUAUGGUUGAUCACGAAGGCUUUUUGAGUCAUAUCAAAGACAAGUUUUAAUAAAACCUUGAAUCUUAGAUUUGAUGUUUAGGUUGAAAGCUUUAAGUUAAUAUUCUAAUUAUUAAUUUGGUGGCAUAGUAAAUUUUCCCUUUCCACUAAUCAAAUUGGGCACAGGAACCCAGUGGUACCUCAGUAAAACAGACGUCUAUGGUGAUCCAGUUGAGCCUUUGGAUGACCUAGCUGCAACGUUGAUUGAUUUGCUGAUAAAUGAUGGAGACACGCUGAUACUUCAACAGGGGCCUGUCAUCAAGAAGGUUUGUUGCACAAGAUGUUUUUUUGAUCUAAUAAUAAUAUGUUUAUUUUACCUUUUACCAAUAAACAAGCCUUUUGUCCCAUUUCUAAACAUUUCAUUAGUGCUAACCAUAAUGGAAUAUCAGACAUUGCCGUUACUGGUAUAUUGUAUGCAAGUAAUACACCUGAUCAAAUUUAUAUUGGAAACAAGUUUUUAAGUUUUAAAAAAGAUUUUGUACGUUGACUCCAUACGGUAUAAACCAAAUUCACAAUUUUACAUAGCUGCAACGUCUUCUUCCUGUUUGAUUUUGAUAUUGUACUUCCAUCCACUUUCUUUCAUUUAUUCUAAUCUUUGUUUUCUUCAGGAACUUGUGCCCAUUCAUAUUUUGUUCUUUUCUUUCAUUUUUAGGUAUAGGUAGCAUAUACUAAUAUUAUGUAAAUUUAAUUUAUAAUCAUAUUAAUGUUUUUGUUGUACUGAGGCAUUUGCUGAGAAGUUUGAAUUUGUAUCUUGCGUAAUCAGAAUUAAAGCUUAACAUACAUAAGUUUUAUUAAAACAAAUUGUUUAUGUCUUAUUAAUCUACUUGAAAGCUUUAUUGCAGUCAAACAUUCUCAUGUGUAUAACAGAGGACAAGUUAUACUAAAGCUACUCAGUUAAAAUAUUUUAAAUCUUUAUCCUGUUGACUACAUAUCUAUUUAAUCCACAAAGCUAAGAGUAUUUUUCUCUGUCUUAACUGUUUUUGGUGUCAAAGGAUUUUUUUGGCCAAAACUUUCAAUUUCCGUUACUGUCCUCCUUCAGGUUCUCCUCUAUCUUUUGCAUAUUUCUUAUUGCUUUAACCUGAACACAGUCAUCCCUGUAUUCCUCUAACUCAUCUGCCACUAUUUGAUAUAAACAUGCACUCAUUUUGACUAUUCCAUGUAAACUUGAUAUUUUAAAAAAUGCUUUUGACAUUAGGAUCAAGUGUCCUUGACUGUGUAUCUGGCCCCUGUACAACCAAUGCAGGUGCAGAUAGAACCUGGAACUAACGGUUCUGGAGAUGACUUUAGGCAGGAAGAAGAAGACAAGGUCAUUUGUAAGUACUGGGGGUAGUUUUUUUUUUUUUUUUUAGUUGACAAGUAAUUUGUUUAAAUUAAGUUGCCUGUGGACUUUCACUCAAACUCUAAAUCAGUUGCCAUCUUUUUCUUGGUGUUUUUUUUUAUCUUAGCAUACAUUAAAUGAAUUACAUGUUAAGAGUUUGGUACUCUAUCUAUGGUUACAUGUUAAGAGUUUGGUACUCCAUCUAUGGUUACAUGUUAAGAGUUUGGGACUCCAUCUAUGGUUACAUUCCCUUAAAUUAAAAUGUUAAAAUCAAACAUUUAUCAACUCAGAAAAUAAGAAACUAAUCACAUGUGUUUCUUAACGAAAGAAUAAUAUUGGUGAAAUCAUUUUUAUACAGUGGAAAUGGCAGCCAGGAUGUCACUCAGUGCCAAUGGAGAAAUCAAUAUUCUCAUUGAAUGUCUGUUUCCGUGUGUGGAGGUCAUAUAUGAUUCUGUAAGUACGUUUAAGUUUUCUGUGAGAAAUUUUCUUCAAAGUUCUUCUCUUCUGUGUAAGUUUUUUAAAAUGUUUUUAAAUAUUAUGUGAUUCAUUCACCAACUUAAGAUUUCUUUAAUUAUUAUCUCUUAAAAGCAGGUCAUGUGGGAAUUCAUUGUCUCUCAUCAAACACAGAUUACAUAGACUUAUCAAGAAAGCCAGUGUUAUCACACAAAAAUAACUGCCUUCACUUGAAGAACUAUUUAAAGCAAAAUGCAUUUGUGAAACUAAAAAAAUAUUGACAUAUCCCACCCUCUUCAUCCCUGUCAUUUGUUUCCCUCAAGGUUAGGACACAAAUAUAUUAACAAAAUUAUUUGCUCCCCAAUCCAUCAGAAUAUACCAGUGUGCUCCCCCAGCAGUUAAAAAAUCAAACAACCAUUCUUAAAUUCAAUAUUGUCACUAAGGGAGUGAGGAUUUUUGGUAUAUGAUGGCCGAAUUUUGCAACCGAGAAGUGCAUUAGAUUUCUUGUGUUUAAAUUGUUCUAGUUUUAAAAAAAUGUGGUCUUAGUAAGAACAUUUAUCCAUGUCCUGAAAUUAAGUGAGUACAAGGUUAUCAAAAACACAUUUCCAUUAUGUGGAUCAUACAAGAACCUUAUCUUAUCUUACGUCUUAGAUAAGUAAAACACAAGUUGCAGUGUAAAGUACGUGGAUUUGAUCGCCAUCAUGAUGCGUUGUAAAAAAUAACAAUUAGAUGUGACGGUUCAUAGUUUAAUUUAAAUGAUCUGUUAUUUAUGAUUCCAGCUUGUCAUCAACAAGUCGAUGAGUGUUGAAGAGCUGAAGCAAGGGUUAAUGGGUACAGACAAGUUCCAGGCCUUGAGGAUACCAACAUGUAACUUCAUGAGGCUUAGAGUGCUGGAAGCCCUGAGGCUGAGGAGUGUGCUCAGAACAAACUCACAAGUGCUUAGGUAAGUGCCUGGUUGUCGCAGCUGACUUGUGUGAGCGGGGACAAUCCUUUGUUAGAUUUUUUUGGCUCAGUCCAGAGUCAUCUCAAGCUCACAUUGAUAAAGUCUGGUUUAGAAAUAAACUGUUACAUACUUUUUUGCACUGCUAUUCUUCCAUUAAAUCCCCAUGCCUACAUUCUAAUGUACACAGAGUAGUUGCAGAAUUUCUCAUGCUCUUUAAGCAUCUGUGGGAUGUUUAAAUUUAAAAAAAAAUUUUUUUUAUAUAGUUCAUAGGUUUAGAUUUAAAAGCUUUUAAAGAUGAGUCAUUAAUCCAUAAUUUCACCAUUUAUGACUAGUUUUAUAAUAAGUGUAAUUGAAAUAAUUGUAGAAAUUUGCACAGCCAAGUCUGGAGCUUCCCAUUCAUGAGUAUUUUCAACACAAAGAUAGUCUUUAGUUUUACAGCAUGCAUUGAUCACUCAGCAAACUAAUAAAAGAUUCCUUCUAUACUAAAGAGUUGGACCACAUUAUGUAUAGUUUUAGUUUUAAUGCCAAAGAAAUCCUCUGGGACAUUACUGACUCAUCACUCUCUAGAUCAGGGGUCUCAAGCUCGUGGCCCGUGGGCCAUUUGCGGACCGCAAGACGAUAUAAUGCAGCCUGCGCGUUUUCCCCAUUCUCAUAUGAUAAUGUGAUCUUCCGUGAUGGUUUUAGUUGAAUCUCACCGACUAUUCUAAUUAUGAUUUGUAUUAUGUUUGUAUAGACUUGGAUGUUGAUUAUAAUGGUAAUAACCAUUUUAAAAUUGGACUAAAAGUUUUUAUUUUACAGCAUUUUAUGAGACAAACAUAGCAAAUAUUCAGUUUUGAGAAAAGUUUAAUAAGUCAGUUAGUGGGUAAUGCACAACCAUGAGUGUGUAAAUUGCAGCAAUCUGACACAGUAUCAAUGAAUUCCUAUUAAAAUUGCUGUAGUGUUUACGAGUGAGGGAAAUUCAGAGCCUCUUGUACUUUUAAAAAUUUGUAAUCGUUUUUUUGUGGAAUACUUGAUGCGGCCCAGUCUCACUCAGCCUCUACCUGUCUACCUCUUGCGGCCCCUGGAUGAUUUGAGUUUGAGACCCCUGUUCUAGAUAGUCUGGCAUAACUGGACUGAUUUUUCUAAGAUCCUUUUUUUUUUUUUUACACAGGCAUACUAAUUCUAAAGAGAGUAUCCCUCUUGCUGUUCAGAUCUUAAAUUCUGAGGAAAAUCUAGGGUGAGUAGAAAUUCAACUGUGAAUAUGUCAAGAACACAACAAUUGAAAGUGUAGGUUAUCACCUUAAUGCAGAGCAGUCAAGGUUGUUAUGCCAUGACAUCAUUGUGUUUGUUAUGCCAUGACAUCAUUGUGUUACUGUUACCUGAAAAAGUUUUGAAAAUAAUUAUUCCAGCAAAACAACACCCCACCCCCCCCCCUUUUUUUUUCUUUUUUUUUUUUCCAAUGAAACAUCAGCUUUUAUGAGUCAAGGUUCUGGUGUGGGAAGAGGGGGGAGCAGAGGGGGGCCCCUUUUUCUCUAUAUGGAUGGGCGGCUUUUUGUGCCAACUGUUGGGUUUUUUAUGAAAAGGGAUGGCAAAAAAUCUUGGCCCCUGUGGACGGCACUAAACCUGGCUAGGCCAGUGAGUCAAGGUGAUUUAACAAUAGCGGUGAAUCAUUAUUUCAGUUUAAAUAACAUUAUAUUAAAUGAUGGAUUACAGAAGACACUAAAAAAAACAACCUUAUAAUAUAAAGCCAAAACUCUUUUAAAAAGCAUUAAAAAAUACAAAAUGUGUUAAUAUUUGUAGAUGUAAAUUAAAACGAAAUUAAUAAAUUUACAGAGUUAUGCAAAUGAAAUGAUUCCAAUUAAUAUAUUUCAUGUUCCAGCUGGGAAUCUUAAAGUUUCAAUAAAAUUGAAUACCAUUCACUUCCUGGUGUGAUCUAUCUCUUGUUCAAAAUUUUUAAGCAAUUAAAAAUUCUAAUUUCUCAAAAUUGUGCAAUAAAAGAAAUACUUGGAUGUGAUCCCAGGGUACACGAGAUACUUCUGAUGGUGACCCUCAAAAUAGGCAGUACUAGGAUUUACAGACCUCCACAUGAAUUCAUCUGGAACACAUCAGGGGGAGUAGGGGCGGCAGACCUGAAGAAGGCCAUCGCCAGUCGACUGUCCCUGCCACUGCAUGACGUGCUGAUUGCCAAGUACUGUCCAGAAACUUUUAGCUGGCAAGUCUUGAAAGAUCAACCUCCAGUAAGAUAUAAUAGGAUAUUUUCAUUGAUCCAAAUAAAUAGAAAUGUUUUUUAAAUACAUUAUCCAUAUUCAUUUUCAGCUCAUAACUAAAUACAUAUUUUAACCAAGACAACAUUUUAGAAUCAUCACAAUUUAAACAUGAGACUGUAUAGUAUUUCUCUAGGUUCACAUUCCUUUAAACCACCUCUCUUCAUGUUUACCUCCCUUUAAACUGCCUCUCUACAUGUUCACCUCCCUUUAAACUGCCUCUCUACAUGUUCUUCUUCUUCUUAUGCCUUUUUACCCCAUCUGGGGCAUAGGCUGUCCACAUGAAUUUUCCAUUCAUCACGGCUUUCCUUUUCAGUUGCUUCCAGGUGUAUCCCAUAUUUUGCGUGUCUGCCUCUAGCUUGCAUGUAUUCCAUGUAUUCUUUGGCCUUCCUCUCUUUCUUUAUCCCUGUGGAUUCCAUGUUAGAGACUGUCUGGUGAUGCUAUCUGAGGGUUUUUGGAGAGUAUGCCCUAUCCACCUCCAUCUUCUCUUUAUGAUGUCUUCAUCAGUGGGCACCUGGCAAGUCUUUUCUAGCAGAUCUUUGUAAGUGACGGAAUUUGGCCAUUUGAUGUUCAAGAUAUUUCUAAGGCAUGUGUUUAUGAAAGUCUGUACUUUCUGCGUAAUGCUUGCUGUUGUUUUCCAAGUUUCUGCUCCAUAUAGUAGAACUGUUUUGACAUUAGUGUUAAAGGUUCUGACUUUGGUUUGCAGUUUUAGCUCCUUCGACUCCCAUAUUUUCUUUAAUAGCACAAAUGCUGAUCUCGCUUUUCCAUGGACCACCCUGCAAUUCAUUUUUCAUAAGAACUCUGAAUGAUCCUGACUAGUUUUCCUGAUAAUAAUAAUAAUAAAGUUUAUUUAAAAAACACGCUUCAUCCUCAAAGGCUCGAAGCUCUGUACAAAGUUAAAAAAAACAAAAAAAAACCACAAAAAAACCCCUAUAAUUUACCACAUUUAAAACAAACGCAACACUACAAAACUAAUUACAAGCAUGCCAAGUCAAAGUCAUACUCCAUAAUGCCAAAAAAGUUUUCACAAGGUUUGUCAGUCCUGGCUAUCAAAGACCUUUUUGUAGUCUAUAAAAUUUAUAUAUAGUGGGGAGUUCCAUCCGAUGGACUGUUCUACAGUGAUUCUUAAUGUUGCAAUUUUAUCUGUGCAUGAUCUGUUUUGGCGGAAGCCGGCCUGUUGAUCUCGUAGCUGCAUGUCGACCUGGUCUCUCAUUCUAUUCAAAAUAAUUCUGUUAAAGACCUUUCCUGGUACAGACAACAGUGUAAUACCUCUGUAAUUUGCACAAUUGCUGAGGUCCCCUUUCUUUGGUAUCUUGAUGAGGUAUCCUUCUUUCCAAUCUUUUUGAACUCUCUCUUCUUCCCAUAUCUUUUCAAACAGAGGGUGCAGCAUGUUGACUAUUGUACCUAUAUCAGCUCUCAUCAUCGAUCCCGGUGCUUUCCCUUAUUUAAUGGCCAGAGCUAUUUCUUCCUUAUUUGGUGUGCUUUCUUCUAUUUGUAAGUCUUCAUGUUCACCUCCCUUUAAACUGCCUCUCUACAUGUUCACCUCCCUUCCAGAAACAAAAUAAGGGUAAAAAUAAAAAGAAGUCAGGACACAAGACGAACCUCCGCCAAGCUCCCUACUAUGUGCAGGAUGGAGAUCUCAUUGGUGUCAAGGUCAGUGAACACUCUUUAGUCUUUCUCAACAGUGGUUUAGUUUUAUUUUUUCAAGAGGGAUAAUAGUGGUUUUAAACCUUUCAGUAUUGUAGCACACAUUAAGAAAUUGCCUUCAGUACCAAUCGAAGGGAAGUAACUACAUUUUUACCAUGAGUUGCUGACUUAAACAAUUUAUUGAAAAUAAAUAUUUUCAAGUCAUAAAAAAAAAUUGCUGAUAAUUGUAGGGAAAAGAUGAAAUUGUAAUUAAACUAAGUCAACGUUAGGAGUAGUCCCACCUGAAAUUCUUCAAUGUCAAUUGAAUGCCAUUCGGGUCUAUCAACAUUGCCUUCUAAUGCAAUAUCAACAUCACUGUUAUUUCCAUUAUUUGGGCAAGUGCCAUUAAGCUUAGUGUAUUUUGUUUAUUGGUUUUUAACUUCUUUCCCUGCUUGUAGUGUUGCAUUUCUUCUAAUUCAAUAAAGGCUUUUAAUAUGUCUUUACUAUGUUUCCCUAAGAGUGCUAUGUCAUCAGCAUAUGCAAGACACUAAAGGAGUUGAUUGUAGAGAGUGCCCAUUGGUUGUGGGUCUUGGGUUUCCCUCAGAAAGUAUCCUGAAAUUGUUCAUCAGGUGUCACUAUGUAUGCUUCUUAUUUAUAACUUUCUAUAAUGUUAGGUUAAACAGCAUACAAGACAGCGAGUCUCCUUGUCUUAGGCCUCGUCGAAUCUGAAAGAAAAAAAAAAAGAAAGAAUAUCAGCCUGAAACAGUAUUUUCAGUAGUCAGAAAAUACUCAAAAGUAAAAACAUUACAAGAAAAACAAAGAAAACUAUUUACAAAACUGUAAUCAGACCAGUUGUAACAUACGCAAGUGAAUCUUAGAUCCUAACAAAAACGGCAGAAAACCUAAACACAUAGGAGAGGAGUUCUCCAGAAAAUAUAUGGAUCAACAAAGGAUGAAUAUGGAUGGAAAAUAUGAACAACCAGGAAUUGUACAGUCUAUAUCAGGAUCCCAUGGUGACAGCAGAAAUAAAAAAGGAUAGGCUAUGCUGGGCUGGACAGUUAAAAGAAUGCCAAAUGACAGAGGAGUGAAGAGGGUGAACAACCAAAACCACAGAGGAAAAUGGCUUAAAGACAGACCUAUGCUUAGAUGGAUGGAUGAUGUGGAAAAAGAUCUAAAACAACUGGUAAUCCAAGCAUGGAAAAGAAAAGCAUCAGUUAGGUGGAAGGAAGUAGUGAGGCAGGCCAAAGCCCUACAUGGGCUGUUUCGUCACAGGGAUGGAUGGAUGGAUUUUACACCAAGUAAUUCUUGAAGAAACCUUGUUUAAUAAACUGGGUCUGUGGCAUUCUCAGCUUGACCACAGAUUACCUAAUAAUAAUAAUAAUAAAGUUCAUUUCAAAAACACGCUUCAUCCCCAAAGGCUCGAAGCGCGGUACAAAGUCAACAAAAAACAUAUCUAUAAUUCACCACAUUUAAAACAAACGCAACACUACAAAAACUAAUUACAAGCAUACAAUAUCAAAGUCUUUUUAGCCAUUUCAACCCGGAGCAACACAGCAACACAUGGAAAAUAAGGUAGACAAUCAUCCCAGAAGGUAUUUGCGAAAUAGAUGUGUCUUUAGAUCGGUUUUAAAGGACUCCAGUGUCUGGUUGUUUCUAAGAUCGACAGGAAGGGCGUUCCAAAUUGUUGAGAAAUAGAUGUGUCUUUAGAUCGGUUUUAAAGGACUCCAGUGUCUGGUUGUUUCUAAGAUCGACAGGAAGGGCGUUCCAAAUUGUUGGACCAGCAAAUGCGAAAGUGCGCUUUCCGUAAGUCUCAAGGCAAACGCGUGGUGUCGAGAGUUUGCCAUUAUCGGAUGAGCGGAGCUCUCUUGUGGGUACAUAAGGCGUCAGCAGCUCUUUCAGAUAGGACGGCGCCAGGUCAUGUAAGCAGCGGUAGCACAAAGUUGCGAUUUUGUACUCUAUGCGAGCACGCACCGGCAGCCAAUACAACUCUCUUAAAUCUUAUUAUAAUAUGAUGCAAAAAUUACCACAGUUGUAACAAGCAUACUUGCCCACUCAUAUUUUUGGAUAGGAAAGCCAUUUUGUUGUCAAAUAUAUUGGUAUUUCCAUUUUUUUUUUCAUCUUACUCCAAAAAAAUCUGAUCAAAGCGUCUUAACACACUCAUCCCCUUUUUUUUCAGCUGCUGUCAGUUGAUAAAGGAUUUCUGGAUGCAGAGGACUUUGCCACACAAGAGGAUCUUGAUAAACAGAAACUGUUGGAACAACUGGCAGAGGAAAAGAAAAGAAUGUGAGUAGUGCUUGCUGGGAGUUUUAUGUGCAUGGGUUUCAAUCUUUUAAACUUAAAUAUGUGUCUGUAUUUUUUUUUCAACACCAGUUGUUUUGAAAAAAAAAAUUAAAAUUGAAAAAUUAUUUUGUGAAUAAAAAAAAAAAAAUUGUUAUUUAAUUUAAAUUUUAAGAAAUCAAUAAAAAUUGAAAAAUUAAUUUUAAAAAAAUGCCAAUAGCAGUUGUCUUAAACUUUGAGGUAGGCCAAGUUAUUCUAUACUAAUAAAACUUGGUGAAAAGUCUGCGAUGGGCCAAGCACCAGUAAUAACUGUAGCUGCAGCUUAGUCUGAAACACUUAAAUAAUGUGCAUAGAUCCGUUUGGCUCCUUUUUGCUUGUUUGAACCAGUCAUGAAGCUGGGGGAAAAAACCCUCUCCCACACACUUACUUGGUUCAGUGUUAACUUGCAAAAGCGUUUCAGUGUGCACCUGCAGGAAAUUUCCACUGUUGAAAUAUUCUGGUCUUGCACCCUAGGGAAAUAAAAAUAUGAUCAGUUUUGGUCCAUAGAUACUAAGAUGUCUUGCUGUUAGGGUAACUUGUUGUUCUCACUAUUUGUUGAUGGUUUCUUACAGCAGAGAAGAGAGAAAGCAUCUGCAGGGUGCUGAUGGUUUCCCUGUGGUCCGUCGUCCUGAAGUGCCACUCACCAUCAAAGUGGACAAAUUUUCUUAAAGUUGUGUGCAGAUGUUACAGAGAUUGUGCCUGGAUGUUCUUGGAUUGAUCUGUGUCUCAUGUAGGAACUUUGUUGCGUCAUUUGACGAAAUAAUUGUGUCAUUUGAGAAUGUGAUUGUGCCAUUUGAGAAAGUGAUUGUGCCAUUUGAGAACAUUAAUGUAUCAUUUAAGAAUGUGAUUGUUUUAUUUGAGUACAUGUUUGUACCAAUUGAGAACAGGAUUGUGUUUGUUUUUUUUUUCCCUUGAUGUGCUGUGAUGUGGUGCAGAGGUUUGAUCCUUCUUGUCUCAGGGUACGAGAUCUGACAUUCUGGAAUCGUUUAAUCUGGUCUCAGGUUGUUUGUUAUUACGGUGCUUUAAUUUGUCAUAAAUUAUGCCAGAUAGAUUGUCACAACAGAUUGUUAAAAAUAAAUAUAUUUUUUUAAAAAUCGAUAGACAUGAAAAUCUAUGUUCCCACUGUUAACAUGUGGUAGGAUGCCUGGCAAAAUGCGAAUGUACAUCCACAACAGCCGUAUCAGUUCGACCACAAGUGUUAGAAUGACAGAAGAAAACCACCAAAACAUCGACCGCUUUCGUUUUCAAAAGAAACUGUUGGUUCAGUCACACAGUCCAAUCCAGAGAUGAGCAUGAUCAAGGACAGCUUGUUUGCCUUGAAGGGAUUAAUUAGCUGGCAAUAAAUUUAUCAUCCAUCAAAUAUUUUUUUGUAAGAUAUAUCCUUUAAUUUGUUACCUUCAGAAAAGAGCACCUUUCUUGCAUUGAAUUCCUAUUUUUUAAUGAAUGAAUCCUUUCACCUCACAUAAUUGAGUUUGGUGAUGUUUGGUGUCACCAGUAUAUAAGUUUACCUAUGUCAGCGGUUCUCAACCUGUGGGUUGCGACCCUUUUGGGGUUUGCACGACCCUCUCGCAGGGGUCGCCUAAGACCAUCUGAAGACACAUAUGCUCUACAGUUAUGAAGUGGCAACGAAAAUAGUUCUGUGGCUGAGGGUCGCCACAACAUGAUGAGCUCUAUUAAAGGGUUGCGUCAUUAAGAAGGUUGAGAACCACUGACCUAUGGUCAUGCUUUGAUGCAGGCUUUGAGAAGAUCAUAUUUCUAAGCAAGUGAUUCCAACAUCUGUUGACCAAUGGUCUUUCACUUCAGUAAGUAUUUAUGUCAACAAAGAAAAUGCAUAUCAUUUAUAACUAUAAUUGCAUGUGAAAAGUAAGUAUGCUAGUGACCUUGACCUUGUUGAAGCUUAAAUACUUUCUAUUUGGACUUGAACAUGAGCUGUUAAGCCAUUAAACAAAUUGAUGGCAGCCAUCUUGUUUCUUCUUACAUUACCUGUUUGGCUUGUUUUUUACUGGACAUAAGAUCUCAGGAGAAAAUGUCUCAACUACAGGCUUUAAAAUAUACAAAUUUAAUUAAUUGGCAUAUGAUGUAUGUGACCAUAUAAACGGCCCUCUUUUAAUAUUAUUUUUAGGUUAAAGUUAAAUGACAUCCCCUUGGUAAUACCUUUUGGGAGGAUGUGACGUAUUUUAAUUUUUAGAUGUGAUGAAUAGUGCUAGCACUAAUGAAAAAACCAAAUGUUUGAAUCAGUUAAAAGUAGGCUAGACUGCUGAGGUGUGGCAUCCAGUGCAAAGUUCUUGAAUCAAGGAAUGAUAGUGGAGGGUGGCAAAAUUAUAAUUGUUUAAAAUAUUGCGCAAAUAUAUGUUUUGAAAAUUAAAUAUUGAGCUGCUUUCUAAAAUGGCCAGUCACUGAUUGGUGUCCACCAAGUUUAAAAUUUAUGCUUGAGAACUGACCAGAAUCUAUUUUCUUGAUUGUUUAAAAAAACAACAACUUGCAACUAAUCUAAAAAAAACAAAUCUUUCAAAC